CACUGUAUUUUGUAAAUGGAAAUUUUAUCUAUCAGUAUUAUCAACAUUAAAUUUGUUUUCAGAAUUGAGAGUUAUUCCUGCAAGAUGGCUGGCAAUGACAAGAGAUUGUUUAAGACAUUGGUACAUGAGUCAGCAGAGUCACACCACAGUGAUCUACAAGUGCUUUCACCACCACAGAGCACUGUUUCUCUCAGUCCAAAUAAGAGUUAUGGAAGAAGCAUGAGUGAUGGUGAGUCCUAUCUGUGUGAUACAAUCUCAACAAAGACACUCUUCUACCUGAUCUCUACACUCAAUGCCUCUUUCAACCCAGACUAUGAUUUCAGUAAUGCUAAAAGUGAAGAAUUCAGCAAAGAGCCUAGCCCUGAGUGGGUAAUUAACACAGUAGAUAGCCAGCUUCAGUCAGCUGCCAAUGAAAUUUUCUGCAGAAUCAAACAGAAUCUGUGGUCAGCUAUAGAUGAGGAGAUAAUGCUGCGAGAUUGUGAUGUAUAUAGCUACAAUCCAGAUUUAAGUUCUGAUCCCUUUGGUGAAGAUGGAUGUAUCUGGUCCUUCAACUAUUUCUUCUAUAACAAGAAACUAAAACGCAUAGUGUUUUUUACGUGCAGAGCUUCAAGGUAUAUUAUAAAACUUGUUCUGAACAAGGAUUCAUAA